AUGUCUCUUGGAAAGACCGCUACACUCAGCACCGGUGCCACCAUUCCUCUGCGAGGAUAUGGUACUUGGCAGGCGGAGCCCGGCCAGGUCGGUGAGGGUGUCUACCUUGCAUUGAAGGCCGGUUACCGUCAUCUCGAUCUUGCUAAAAUCUACCAAAACCAAAAAGAGGUCGGCGAGGGUAUGCGCAAAGCAUUCCAGGAGUUUGGCAUCAAGCGUGAGGAUGUUUUCAUUACCUCCAAAUUGUGGAACAGCCAAUUCCACCCCGAUGUUGUUGAAGCCGCUUUGGACGACACCCUCCAGGAACUCGGCUUGGAGUACCUGGAUCUCUACCUCAUCCACUGGCCAGUCGCCUUCAAGUCAAACAAACAGAUCAACAACCUCUUCCCUCUGCAAGCUGGAAAUGAAAAGCUGAUUGACAUUGACGACGAUAUUUCCAUUAUUGACACCUGGACAGCGGUAACCAAGUUGCCCAAGAGCAAGGCCCGAGCUGUUGGUGUUUCCAACUACAGCAUUGAACACAUUGAAGCCAUUAUCAAGGCCACCGGUGUUACCCCUGCCGUGCUCCAGAUUGAGCGUCACCCAUACCUCCCCAACCCGCCUUUGAUUGAAUAUGCCAAGUCGAAGGGAAUUCAUGUCACCGCCUACUCGGGUUUCGGAAAUAACUCCAUUGGCUGGCCUCUUAUCAUCACUCGACCAGAGGUCAAGUCAGUUGCAGAGAGAGCUUCCAAGCGUACCGGCACAACCAUCACUCCUGCUCAAGUCCUGCUUGCCUGGGCCCAAGUCGGCGGCCACAGUGUCAUCCCCAAAUCAGUCACUGCCUCCCGGAUUGUCGAGAACUUUACCGACGUCGAGCUCUCUGCCGACGAGAUUGCUGAGAUUGACGCUCUCGGAAAGGAGAACAAGCGCUUCAACGUCCCCGGUAUCAUUAACGACCCUCUGUGGCCCAUCAAUAUCUUCCACACCGAGGAGGAGGAUGCACACACUGACUACCAUCAGGUUAUUGUCUCCAAGUGA